AUGGCACACUUCCUCGCCACCGCAUCAUGUGUAUUGGGUGUGGCACACUUCCUCGUCACUGCAUCAUGUGUAUUGGGUAUGGCUUUGCUUCCUCGCCACCGCAUCAUGUGUAUUGGGUGUGGCACACUUCCUCGUCACUGCAUCAUGUGUAUUGGGUAUAGCACACUUCCGUCACCACAUCAUGUGUAUUGGGUAUGGCACUUCCUCGCCACCGCAUCAUGUGUAUUGGUGGCACACUUCCUCGUCACUGCAUCAUGUGUGGGUAUGGCACUCUUCCUCGUCACCACAUCAUGUGUAUUGGGUGUGGCACACUUCCUCGCCACCGCAUCAUGUGUGUGGGUGUGGCACACUUCCUCGUCACUGCAUCAUGUGUAUUGGGUAUGGCACUCUUCCUCGUCACCACAUCAUGUGUAUUGGGUAUGGCACACUUCCUCGCCACCGCAUCAUGUGUAUUGGGUGUGGCACACUUCCUCGUCACUGCAUUGGGUAUUGGCACUCUUCCUCGUCACUGCAUCAUGUGUAUUGGGUGUGGCACACUUCCUCGUCACUGCAUCAUGUAUUGGGUAUGGCACACUUCCUCGCCACCGCAUCAUGUGUAUUGGGUGUGGCACACUUCCUCGUCACUGCAUCAUGUGUAUUGGGUAUGGCACACUUCCUCGUCACCACAUCAUGUGUAUUGGGUAUGGCACACUUCCUCGUCACCACAUCAUGUGUAUUGGGUAUGGCACUCUUCCUCGUCACCACAUCAUGUGUAUUGGGUAUGGCACACUUCCUCGCCACCGCAUCAUGUGUAUUGGGUGUGGCACACUUCCUCGUCACUGCAUCAAGUGUAUUGGGUAUGGCACUCUUCCUCGUCACUGCAUCAUGUGUAUUGGGUGUGGCACCUUCCUCGUCACUGCAUCAUGUGUGUUGGGUACACUUCCUCGCCACCGCAUCAUGUGUGGGUGUGGCACACUUCCUCUUCACUGCAUCAUGUGUAUUGGGUAUGGCACACUUCCUCGUCCUGCAUCAUGUGUAUUGGGUAUGGCACAAUUCCUCGCCACCGCAUCAUGUGUAUUGGGUGUGGCACACUUCCUCGUCACUGCAUCAUGUGUAUUGGGUGUGGCACACUUCCUCGUCACCACAUCAUGUGUAUUGGGUAUGGCACACUUCCUCGCCACCGCAUCAUGUGUAUUGGGUGUGGCACACUUCCUCGUCACUGCAUCAUGUGUAUUGGGUAUGGCACACUUCCUCGUCACUGCAUCAUGUGUAUUGGGUGUGGCACACUUCCUCGUCACUGCAUCGUGUGUAUUGGGUAUGGCACACUUCCUCGCCACCACACCAUGUGUAUUGGGUAUGGCACACUUCCUCGCCACCGCAUCAUGUGUAUUGGGUAUGGCACUCUUCCUCGUCACCACAUCAUGUGUAUUGGGUAUGGCACACUUCCUCGCCACCGCAUCAUGUGCAUUGGGUGUGGCACACUUCCUCGUCACUGCAUCAUGUGUAUUGGGUAUGGCACACUUCCUCGUCACCGCAUCAUGUGUAUUGGGUGUGGCACACUUCCUCGUCACUGCAUCAUGUGUAUUGGGUAUGGCACACUUCCUCGCCACCGCAUCAUGUGUAUUGGGUGUGGCACACUUCCUCGUCACUGCAUCAUGUGUAUUGGGUAUGGCACACUUCCUCGUCACCACAUCAUGUAUUGGGUAUGGCACACUUCCUCGCCACCGCAUCAUGUGUGUUAUUGGGUGUGGCACACUUCCUUGUCACUGCAUCAUGUGUAUUGGGUAUGGCACACUCGUCACCACAUCUGGCACACUUCCUCGCCACCGCAUCAUGUGUAUUGGGUGGCACACUUCUCGUCACUGCAUCAUGUGUAUUGGGUAUGGCACACUUCCUUCCACCGCAUCACCGCACUUCCUCGUCAUGCAUCAUAUUGUUGGGUAUGGCACUUCCUCGUCACUGCAUCAUGUGUAUUGGGUGUGGCACACUUCCUCGUCACGCAUCGUGUAUUGGGUGUGCACACUUCCUCGCCACCACACCAUGUGUAUUGGGUAUGGCACUUCCUCGCCACCGCAUCGUGUUGGGUAUGGCACUCUUCCUCGUCACCACAUCAUGUGUGUUGGGUAUGGCACACUUCCUCGCCACCGCAUCAUGUGCAUUGGGUGUGGCACUUCCUCGUCACUGCAUCAUGUGUAUUGGGUGUGGCACACUUCCUCGUCACCGCAUCAUGUGCAUUGGGUGUGGCACACUUCCUCAUCACUGCAUCAUGUGUAUUGGGUAUGCUUCACUUCCUCGCCACCGCAUCAUGUGUAUUGGGUGUGGCACACUUCCUCGUCACUGCAUCAUGUGUAUUGGGUAUGGCACACUUCCUCGUCACCACAUCAUGUGUAUUGGGUAUGGCACACUUCCUCGCCACCGCAUCAUGUGUAUUGGGUGUGUGGCACUUCCUCGUCACUGCAUCAUGUGUAUUGGGUAUGGCAUACUUCCUCGUCACCACAUCAUGUGUAUUGGGUAUGGCACACUUCCUCGCCACCGCAUCAUGUGUGUGGGUGUGGCACACUUCCUCGUCACUGCAUCAUGUGUGUGGGUAUGGCACACUUCCUCGUCACCACAUCAUGUGUAUUGGGCUUGGCACACUUCCUCGCCACCGCAUCAUGUGUAUUGGGUAUGGCACACUUCCUCGUCACUGCAUCAUGUGUAUUGGGUGUGGCACACUUCCUCGUCACUGCAUCAUGUGUAUUGGGUAUGGCACACUUCCUCGCCAACGCAUCAUGUGUAUUGGGUAUGGCACACUUCCUCGCAAACGCAUCAUGUGUAUUGGGUAUGGCACACUUCCUCGCCACCACAUCAUGUGUAUUGGGUAUGGCACACUUCCUCGCCAACGCAUCAUGUGUAUUGGGUAUGGCACACUUCCUCGCCACCGCAUCAUGUUUAUUGGGUAUUGCACACUUCCUCCACACCGCAUCAUGUGUAUUGUGUAUGGCACACUUCCUCGCAAACGCAUCAUGUGUAUUGGGUAUGGCACACUUCCUCGCAAACGCAUCAUGUGUAUUGGGUAUGGCACACUUCCUCGAAAACGCAUCAUGUGUAUUGGGUAUGGCACACUUCCUCGCCACCGCAUCAUGUGUAUUGGGUAUUGCACACUUCCUCGUCACCGCAUCGUGUGUAUUGGGUAUGGCACACUUCCUCGCCACCGCAUCAUGUGUAUUGGGUGUGGCACACUUCCUCGUCACUGCAUCAUGUGUAUUGGGUAUGGCACACUUCCUCGUCACCACAUCAUGUGUAUUAAUUAUAGCACACUUCCUCGCCACCGCAUCAUGUCUAUUGGGUAUGGCACACUUCCUCGACACCGCAUCAUGUGUAUUGUGUAUGGCACACUUCCUCGCAAACGCAUCAUGUGUAUUGGGUAUGGCACACUUCCUCGCCACCGCAUCAUGUGUAUUGGUGUGCACACUUCCUCGUCACCGCAUCGUGUGUAUUGGGUAUGGCACACUUCCUCGCCACCGCAUCAUGUGUAUUGGGUGUGGCACACUUCCUCGUCACUGCAUCAUGUGUAUUGGGUAUGGCACACUUCCUCGUCACCACAUCAUGUGUAGUAGGUAUGGCACACUUCCUCGUCACCACAUCAUGUGUAUUGGGUAUGGCACUCUUCCUCGUCACCACAUCAUGUGUAUUGGGUAUGGCACACUUCCUCGCCACCGCAUCAUGUGUAUUGGGUGUGGCAUCACUGCAUCAAGUGUAUUGGGUAUGGCACUCUUCCUUCACUGCAUCAUGUAUUGGGUGUGGCACACUUCCUCGUCACUGCAUCAUGUAUUGGUGUGGCACACUUCUCGCCACCACAUCAUGUGUAUUGGGUGUGGCACACUUCCUCUUCACUGCAUCAUGUGUAUUGGGUAUGGCACACUUCCUCGUCACUGCAUCAUGUGUAUUGGGUAUGGCACACUUCCUCGCCACCGCAUCAUGUGUAUUGGGUGUGGCACUUCCUCGUCACUGCAUCAUGUGUAUUGGGUGUGGCACACUUCCUCGUCACCGCAUCAUGUGUAUUGGGUAUGGUACACUUCCUCGUCACUGCAUCAUGUGUAUUGGGUGUGGCACACUUCCUCGUCACUGCAUCAUGUGUAUUGGGUGGCACACUUCCUCGUCACUGCAUCAUGUGUAUUGGGGCACACUUCCUCGUCACAUCGUGUCAUGUGUAUGGCACACACUCCUCGCCACCACACCAUGUGUAUUGGGUAUCCUCGCCACCGCAUCAUGUGUAUUGGGUAUGGUACUCUUCCUCGUCACCACAUCAUGUGUGGGUAUGGCACACUUCUCGCCACCGCAUCAUUGGGUGUGGCACACUUCCUCGUCACUGCAUCAUGUGUAUUGGGGUGGCACUUCCUCGUCACCGCAUCAUGUGCAUUGGGUGUGGCACUUCCUCGUCACUGCAUCAUGUGUAUUGGGUAUGGCACACUUCCUCGCCACCGCAUCAUGUGUAUUGGGUGUGGCACACUUCCUCGUCACUGCAUCAUGUGUAUUGGGUAUGGCACACUUCCUCGUCACCACAUCAUGUGUAUUGGGUAUGGCACACUUCCUCGCCACCGCAUCAUGUGUAUUGGGUGUGGCACACUUCCUUGUCACUGCAUCAUGUGUAUUGGGUAUGGCACUUCCUCGUCACCACAUCAUGUGUGUGGGUAUGGCACUUCCUCGCCACCGCAUCAUGUGUAUUGGGUGUGGCACAUCUCGUCACUGCAUCAUGUGUGUUGGGUACACUUCCUUCCCACCGCAUCAUGUGUAUUGGGUGCGGCACACUUCCUCGUCACCGCAUCAUGUGUGUAUUGGGUAUGGCACACUUCCUCGUCACUGCAUCAUGUGUAUUAG